AUGCGCACCAGAGCCGACAUGACUGACGCUCUGGCUGUGUCUGCUCCUUCCAGUCCAACUUUCGUCGCCAUUAAAAGACGACGUGUCGACGCGUCCACAUACAGCUCCUCGCUUGGUGGCCGCGAAUCUUCGGCUUUGCGCCGUCUUCCUGACGAGACCCGAGACGCCGCACUCGGUCACCGUAGCGCUGAUGGAGCCACACGAUCGCCUUUUUCGUCAAGACUACACAGCCGUCAGCCAUCAAGAGCGACGUCGCCAUCUGAGCAGAAUGCUUCUCUAGUCCUGGUCGGCACCAAGGGCAGUGGCCUCUCGUCAUUCGCCGUAAUAGCCGCCACUGCCUUGCGCUUUCGUUUGAUCGAUACUGAGAGCUGGCUAAUUGAGCAUUGUGGCUUGAAAAGAUCUGAAUACGUCAAGGAGCGAGGUUUGAAUGCCUACCGCAAGCUCUCGGCCAAAGCUCUAGAAAACAUACUCAGACAACACGCUGAGCGCUGUGUCAUCGUCUGCGGCCCCGAAGCCCUCGAGCCGCACUGUCAAAGCCUCAUUCGUGCCUUCGCCCGCACGCACCCUGUCGUAAUGAUCAAUCGCGAUUUGACCAUCAUCCGAGAUUACCUAGGCCUUCCAGAUACUGCAGAAGUCUUGCAGAUCCUGGGCCGAAGUCGCCAGCUAUGCCGACGCAUUUCCACCUACGAGUUUUACAAUCUUCCGGAAAUCGAGGCCACUCAGCCAUUGUCUGUUGAGAUAUGCCGUAAUCUGAGACGACCAAGCGUGAUUCACAGGCCACCUCAGCUUCUUCAGAAUGUCAAACAGGACUUCUUGCGUUUCUUAGAUUUAUUGGCCAAGACUACGUUGCGUUCUGAUUCUCUGCUUAGCUCUUUGCCACCGCCAGAACGUGAAUUCUCCACCAUGUCUGUUUUGCACUUGGAUGACAUUGUUAGCGGACGCCUCAAUCUCGCCAAUCUAGAUUGCGGCACUGAUGCAAUUGAACUGAUCGUUCGGCACUGCCCGUCGCAGCCAUCUCCAUGUGAUUGGGAUCGCAUCAGCCGCUCUCUUCAAAUGAUACGACGUCGAUCCAACGCUCCGAUAGUCUAUCAUGUCGAACUCGAAGACUCAAUAUCACCAUCCACUGAGGAAGAGUACAACGAUCUCGUAUCCCAUGGCCUCCGGCUCGUUCCUGACUUCAUCACAAUCGACCUGAGCUGCACAAACCAGCAACUACAUGAUUUGGUGACCUCAGUAGGUCGGACAAAAGUUAUCGGACAUCGCUCAUAUCCUUCUCAAGUCUCCUCACCCUGGAGAGAUCCAGCUUUGCACAAGGAGUUUGAUCGUGCUAUUGCUCUGGGCUGCCAUGUCGUCCGCUUUGCUCGUCAAGCUCAGUCGGCAUCGGAAGACAGAGAUUGUAUUCUGUUCCAGGCUGCGAUUGCUUCCAGGUCCAAGGUGCCUCUCAUAGCAUACAAUAUUGGUAUCCCGUCACGAUCGUCAAUGGUAUUCAACUCGUGUCUGACCCCUGUGCGUCGGCCAGAGCUACCAAGUUCGGAUCUGACCUCGUCGCUGCUCACACUACAACAGUUGGUGAAAGCAAGGUGUUCCAGCUAUGUUUAUCAACCGUUACACUUCCAUAUCUUUGGUGCGAGUAUCGAUUAUAGUUUGUCGCCCAUGAUGCAUAACGCUGCUUUUGAAGCUCUGGCUUUGGAUCACACGUAUGCUAUCAAACAAUCAAGCAAUCUGCGAGACUUUACUCGCCUCGUCGAUGAUUCGUUUGGGGGUGCCAGCAUCAGUCUUCCGUACAAGUCCGAGAUUAUACCAUCCUUGGACUCAUUGAGCGAAGCAGCAAAGGCGAUACAGGCCAUCAACACAAUCUUGCCCCUGAGAGCAGCAGGAGACGAGAGAAACCUCGAUUCGGACCCACUUUGCAGGUCCUACAAGAACAGGGCCGGGCCAGUCAUUGCGUUGCAUGGCGAAAACACCGAUUGGAUUGCACUGUACACGUGCGUGUUGCGUUAUCUCUCAGCUGCGAACACCAUUCAAUCUACCUCUUCGGCUCUUGUGAUUGGUGCUGGAGGCAUGGGUCGCGCAUCGGUGUACGCCUUGCUGCAGAUGGGCGUGACGAAUAUUGUCUUGUGGAAUCGCACGCACAGCAAAGCCCUUCAGGUGGCAGAGUACUUCACCAAUUGGCACACGAAGUUUCUCCCGAGAGGUCCCGAUCUUGCAGACGCAUUGCCACGAUGCCGCAUUGAAGUUGUUGAGCAGCUCGAUUCUCCAUGGCCAGAGGGGCUUGCGCAGCCCACGGUCGUCAUUUGCACCGUUCCUGCUCAUCAGAUAGGAGAUACGCCUCCCCUUCAGUUCACGAUCCCUGAGCAGUGGUUCCAAAGUAGGACGGGUGGAGUUAUCAUAGAGCUUUCGUACAAAUCAGCGUGGACACCGCUGCUGCAGCAAGCACACGAUAAUGCGCAUAAAGGCUGGAUAUGCGUAGAGCCUCUUGAGAUUCUGAUCGAACAGGGUCGUGCUCAGUUUGAACUCUUCACUGGGUACCCAGCGCCACAGAGGGCUAUGAAAGAUGGCAUCAUGGACAGAUACGUGGCGAUGCACGUUGUUCAAGAUGGUGAUUGA